ACGAACAAUAAGAGUCGACGAGUGUUGUUUCGAAACAACAACUUCGUCCCCUUGAUCGGGAUGCGAUGGUCCUUUGAAGAACAAAGAGGGUCCCCCCCGCGCGUGCACGGUCACGAUCAGAUCAGAUCAUCAAUCCUGCCUCGCUCUCUCUCCCUCUCCCGCUCUCUGCUCGCGCUCGCGACUCACUUUGGUCCAUGGUCCCAAGGCUCCAAGCACUUUUCGCUCAUCAAUCUCUCUCUUCUCUCUUAUAUCAUCACCACCUCGGUCCUCGUUCACACACACUCCACACACUCCACACACGCUCCACUCUUCACUCCACUCAUCCUCACGGCGAUACCUCUUCAAACCUCGACUUCACCUCACCUCGACGAACGCGGCUGUGCUGUUUUCUCGACCUCUCAACCUCAUCAAACCGCCUUCCUUCUCCCCUUGGGUCUCACCUCGAAACACGACACGACGCCUCUUGUCCAUCAACUCUCUAUCGACACUUGGCUCUCUCGGUUCCGCUGAACAACACAAACUCUUGGUAUAUCGACAUCGUCGUCUCUCUUGUUCUCUCGACCGACAUCAUAUAGAUAGAUAGACGCUUGAC